AGGAAGCGGGGCAGGGCGCGGGGCAGGGCGCGGGGCAGGACCCGGCAGAGGGCUCCCGGCCGCCGGUGAUGCCGGCAGCCCGGGGGGCCCGUGGCUCGCUCUGGAGUCGCUCACUAAACCCACGACGCCGCCCGCACGGCCUGGCCGGAGCCAGCCCCGCGCGCAGGGGGCGAAGAGGGGGUGCGGCUCGCCUUGGGCAGGAGUGCUGCCCGGAAGCCCUGUGCCGCGCGCGGGCCGCCAGCCGCCCCGUUCGCCCUGCAGGCUGCGCUGAGCUCCCACGAGGGCGCCGGGGCCGCCGCCUUUACCCUGCGAUCUUUCAGGCCCCCAGACCUCUGUGUUGCAGCUGUAAUUAGAGAAUGCGGUCUUGUUACACUGUCACUGAAGAGCCAAACCUUAGAUGCAGAAACAGAUGUGCUAUGCGCAGUCCUUUACAGCAAUCACAACAGAAUGGGGCGUCACAAGCCCCAUUUAGCCCUCAAACAGGUUGAACAAUGUUUAAAACGUUUGAAAAACAUGGAACUGGAGGGUUCAAUUCAACAUCUGUCUGAGUUGUUUUCUUCCAACAAAAACCAGCCAGUCACUACCAAAGCAUGUGUUAUUCCCAGCCAACCAGUGGUCGAAUUGGUGCUCAUGAAGAUUUUGGGAGCAUGCAAGUUGUUACUUCGCUGCUUGGACUGUUGCUGCAAGACAUUUCUCUUGACUGUGAAACAUCUGGGUUUGCAAGAAUUCAUUAUUUUAAACCUUGUGAUGGUUGGGCUGGUGAGCAGAUUAUGGGUUCUCUAUAAAGGUAUUUUGAAAAGGCUGACCUCUUUAUAUGAGCCAUUGUUCAUAUUGCUUCAGGAGGUCUCUAGGAUUCAACCACUGCCUUACUUCAAAGAUUUUACCUUUCCUUCUGAUAUUGCUGAAUUUUUAGGACAGCCCUAUUUUGAAAUCUGUAAGAAAAAAAUGCCUACAGCUUUUGCAGCUAAAGGAGUAACUAAAUUGUUAAAUAAACUGUUUUUAACAAAAGAGCAAUCACUGAUGUCUAACAAAGAAACUGCGCUCAGAAUUUCCAAAAAAGCUAAAGAAAUGAGGAUCAGUACACAGAAUACUGUGGAUCUUGGGCAGCCAAUAAAGAAUAAGAAAAUCAUCAAAGAAAAGUCAUCAGAAUUUGACGUGAGAGUUUUCUGCAAACAGCUGAAACACAAAGCUAUGCAGGAAACUAAAUGUUCUCAGUCCAAACUAAAGGCAACCAAACAUUCUCCUCAGAAAGCAACAGGAACUCCCAGUGCCAAAAGUUUUGUGCAAAGAUUUCGAGAGGCUGAGACUUUCAUUCAACUUUCUGAAGAAAUCCAAACAGCGAUUUUAUGGUGCAGGAGCAAAAAACUCAAGGCUCAGGCCUCCUUUCUGGGUAACAAACUUCUUAAAAGUAACCGGCUUAAACAUGUGGAAGCUCAAGGCUAUAGUUUGCCAAAGAAAUUAGAAUGCAUAAAAACAUCUAUUUGCAACUGCCUUCUUCGUGGCUCAGGAAUCAAAACUUCAGAGCGUCUUGUGAGACGAAGAAGAUCUCAGAAUAGAUUUUUACUGGGACAGAAGAAACCGCAGAGAAAGUUGCAAUUGACUCUUUCAAAAGAAAUUCAGCAGUCCCCUCAAGGGACUCAGAAUGCUACAGAUAGCAGUAAAUGGAGACUCUCGCACUGUACAGUUCAUAGAACUGAUCUCUACCCUAAUAGUAAGCAACUCUUGAGUAGCAGAGUUUCAGACCCUGUCAUACAAACUAAAGAGAAACAAAUUCAUGAAAACCUUAUAGGAAGCAAUAAAAAUGAAACUGAUUCAUGGAAAAUGAUGCAAAUGGACAAACAUGAUACAUCAGGAACCAUUAAGGAGACAGAUGACAUUGAUGAUAUUUUUGCUUUAAUGGGAGUUUAGAUGCUCAAAUAUGAGUGCUCGCAUUUAAGUGCUUAACAAACUGGUCCAGUUUUCUGCUAUUUUACGUGAAACUACUAAAAAAAAAGUCUGCAAGGACUUGGAAGUGCUAAGAGGUACUCAGAGAGGAGCUGCUUUAGUAUAACAUUGUACAGCAGUUCAUUUCCAUUCAAUAAACGUUUAUAGUAACUGUCA